UCAUUUGUGAGGUUAAAAAAUAAAACGUAUCCGCUAAUGUUAUUUUGAUAGACGCCAUUAAAUUACAGCAAGGAGUUAAAUGUUGUUUUUUAAUUAGUUAUUUUUCUUAAACCAUGUAAUCAACUUUAUUUUUAAACAAAACAGUUCGAUUUAAAGUUAAAAAUGUCGCUACCGCCGUAUUUAUUGGGCCCACAUCCUUGGGCCACGAUGAUGGCCCAACAACAAUUAGCUGCUGUAGCUCAUGCUCAAGCUCAAGCCCAUGCUCAAGCAAUGCAAGCUCAGCAAGCGCUAAUAACACCGCAAGUUCCCCAACCUCCAAAACCGGGUCCUCUUACAGAAGAGCAAUUGCAAGAAAAAGCUCAAAAAUGGCAACAACUCCAAUCUAAACGAUUUAGUGAGAAACGUAAAUUGGGAUUUGUUGAUGCCCAAAAGGAAGAUAUGCCUCCAGAGCAUUUAAGAAAAAUUGUUCGGGAUCAUGGAGAUAUGAGUAGCAGGAAAUACAGACAUGAUAAAAGAGUUUAUCUUGGAGCGCUAAAAUAUAUGCCCCAUGCCGUCAUGAAGCUACUAGAAAAUAUGCCAAUGCCAUGGGAACAAAUACGAGAUGUAAAAGUUUUAUAUCAUAUUACUGGAGCGAUUACAUUUGUCAAUGAAAUUCCCUGGGUGAUUGAGCCAGUUUAUAUCGCACAGUGGGGUACUAUGUGGAUAAUGAUGCGUCGUGAGAAACGUGAUCGAAGACAUUUCAAACGAAUGAGAUUUCCACCAUUUGAUGAUGAAGAACCUCCUUUAGAUUAUGCUGACAAUGUAUUGGAUGUUGAACCAUUGGAGGCAAUUCAAAUUGAAUUAGAUUCAGAAGAAGAUGAAUCUGUAGCUAAGUGGUUUUAUGAUCAUAAACCUCUUGUUGGAACCAAAUUUGUAAACGGAUCAACAUAUCGCCGCUGGAAUUUAUCUUUACCACAAAUGGCUACAUUAUAUCGGUUAGCAAAUCAGCUUUUAACCGACUUGGUCGAUGAUAAUUAUUUUUAUUUAUUUGAUCCUAAAAGUUUUUUUACCGCUAAGGCUUUAAAUAUGGCUAUACCAGGUGGCCCAAAAUUUGAACCACUUAUUAAAGACAGCAACGCUGCAGAUGAAGAUUGGAAUGAAUUUAAUGACAUAAAUAAAAUAAUAAUUCGUCAGCCAAUUCGUACAGAAUACAGAAUUGCUUUUCCAUAUUUGUAUAAUAAUAUGCCACAUUUUGUACACUUAUCAUGGUAUCAUAUGCCAAACGUUGUGUAUAUUAAAACAGAAGAUCCUGAUUUACCAGCAUUUUAUUUUGAUCCACUUAUAAAUCCAAUUUCACAUCGACAUGCUGUUAAAAGUUUGGAGCCAUUGCCAGACGAUGAUGAAGAAUUUAUAUUACCUGAGCAUAUUCAACCAUUUCUACAAGAAACACCUUUAUAUACUGAUAACACAGCAAAUGGAAUAUCUUUGUUAUGGGCGCCACGUCCAUUUAAUAUUCGAUCUGGUCGAACUAGACGAGCAAUUGAUGUUCCAUUAGUAAAAUGCUGGUAUAGAGAACAUUGCCCACCCGGACAACCAGUAAAAGUACGAGUUAGCUAUCAGAAAUUAUUGAAAUAUUAUGUAUUAAAUGCAUUAAAACAUCGUGCACCAAAGCCACAAAAAAAACGUUAUCUGUUUCGAUCAUUUAAAGCAACAAAAUUCUUUCAAACCACCACAAUUGACUGGGUGGAAGCUGGCCUACAAGUAUGCCGUCAAGGAUAUAAUAUGCUAAAUUUAUUGAUUCAUCGUAAGAAUUUAAAUUAUUUACAUUUGGAUUAUAAUUUUAAUUUGAAACCGGUGAAAACAUUAACGACAAAAGAACGUAAAAAAUCACGAUUUGGUAAUGCAUUCCAUUUGUGUCGUGAAAUAUUACGUUUAACAAAAUUAAUUAUUGAUUCACAUGUACAAUAUCGUUUAAAUAAUGUGGAUGCAUUUCAAUUGGCUGAUGGAUUACAGUAUAUAUUUGCACAUGUGGGACAAUUAACUGGCAUGUAUCGUUACAAAUAUAAAUUGAUGAGACAGAUACGAAUGUGUAAAGACUUAAAACAUUUGAUUUACUAUCGAUUUAAUACGGGACCUGUUGGUAAAGGGCCUGGUUGUGGUUUUUGGGCUCCUGGUUGGCGUGUUUGGUUAUUCUUUAUGCGUGGUAUAACUCCAUUGUUAGAACGAUGGUUGGGUAAUUUACUAUCCCGUCAAUUUGAAGGACGUCAUUCAAAAGGCGUUGCGAAAACUGUAACAAAACAACGUGUUGAAUCACAUUUCGAUUUAGAAUUAAGAGCAUCCGUUAUGCAUGAUAUUGUUGAUAUGAUGCCAGAAGGUAUUAAACAAAAUAAAGCAAGAACUAUUUUACAACAUUUAUCAGAAGCUUGGAGAUGUUGGAAAGCUAAUAUUCCAUGGAAGGUUCCAGGUUUACCGAUACCUAUUGAAAAUAUGAUUUUACGUUAUGUAAAAAUGAAAGCUGAUUGGUGGACAAAUACUGCACAUUAUAAUCGUGAACGUAUUCGACGUGGUGCCACUGUUGAUAAAACUGUGUGCAAAAAGAAUUUAGGUCGUUUAACUCGUCUUUAUUUGAAAGCUGAACAAGAAAGACAGCAUAACUAUUUGAAGGAUGGUCCAUACAUUUCACCGGAAGAGGCUGUUGCUAUUUAUACAACAACUGUACAUUGGUUGGAAUCCAGACGUUUUGCACCAAUUCCAUUCCCACCAUUAUCUUAUAAACAUGACACUAAAUUAUUGAUUUUAGCACUUGAACGUUUGAAAGAAGCUUACAGUGUUAAAUCACGAUUAAAUCAAAGUCAACGUGAAGAAUUAGGAUUGAUAGAACAAGCAUACGACAAUCCGCAUGAAGCAUUAUCAAGAAUCAAGCGUCAUUUAUUGACCCAGCGAGCUUUUAAAGAGGCUGGUAUUGAAUUUAUGGAUUUAUAUAGUCAUCUGAUUCCAGUCUACGAUGUUGAACCAUUGGAAAAAAUAACAGAUGCUUACCUUGAUCAGUAUUUAUGGUAUGAAGCUGAUAAAAGACGUCUGUUUCCACCAUGGGUAAAACCAGCUGACACUGAACCACCACCAUUAUUGGUUUAUAAAUGGUGUCAAGGAAUUAAUAAUCUUCAAGAUGUAUGGGAUGUAACAGAGGGUGAAUGUAACGUUUUGUUAGAAAGUAAAUUUGAAAAAUUAUAUGAAAAAAUUGAUUUGACAUUAUUAAAUCGAUUGUUACGAUUAAUUGUCGAUCAUAAUAUUGCUGAUUAUAUGACAGCUAAAAAUAACGUAGUUAUUAAUUAUAAAGAUAUGAACCAUACAAACAGUUAUGGAAUUAUUCGAGGUUUACAAUUUGCAUCAUUUAUAACACAAUAUUAUGGAUUAGUAUUGGAUCUAUUAGUAUUGGGAUUACAGCGUGCAAGUGAAAUGGCUGGUCCACCUCAAAUGCCAAAUGAUUUUCUAACAUUUCAAGAUGUCGCCUCCGAAACAGCACAUCCAAUACGAUUGUACUGUCGUUAUGUAGAUCGUAUACAUAUAUUCUUUAGGUUUACUGCUGAAGAAGCUAGAGACUUAAUUCAACGAUAUUUAACUGAACAUCCUGAUCCAAAUAAUGAAAAUAUUGUUGGCUAUAAUAAUAAAAAAUGUUGGCCACGUGAUGCUAGAAUGCGUUUGAUGAAGCAUGAUGUUAAUCUGGGUCGUGCAGUAUUUUGGGACAUUAAAAAUCGGUUACCACGGUCAACAACAACAAUUCAGUGGGAAAAUAGUUUUGUUAGUGUUUACUCAAAAGAUAAUCCGAAUUUACUAUUUAAUAUGUGUGGUUUCGAAUGCAGAAUUUUACCAAAGUGUCGAACUACACAUGAAGAAUUUACUCAUCGUGAUGGUGUAUGGAAUCUUCAACAUGAAGGUAGCAAAGAACGUACAGCUCAGUGUUUCUUACGUGUUGAUGAUGAAAGUAUGGGACGUUUUCAUAAUCGUGUUAGGCAAAUACUUAUGGCAUCAGGUUCAACAACUUUCACAAAGAUUGUAAAUAAAUGGAAUACGGCUUUAAUUGGAUUAAUGACAUACUUCCGGGAAGCAGUUGUAAAUACCCAAGAAUUGUUAGAUUUAUUGGUGAAAUGUGAGAAUAAAAUUCAAACACGUAUUAAAAUUGGAUUAAAUUCAAAAAUGCCUAGUCGAUUUCCACCAGUAGUAUUUUAUACACCUAAAGAAUUGGGUGGUUUGGGAAUGUUAUCAAUGGGUCAUGUUUUGAUACCCCAGUCUGAUCUUCGAUGGUCCAAACAAACUGAUGUUGGAAUUACACAUUUUCGAUCUGGUAUGAGCCAUGACGAAGAUCAACUGAUACCUAAUUUAUACCGUUAUGUACAACCAUGGGAAUCAGAAUUCAUUGAUUCACAACGUGUAUGGGCUGAAUAUGCAUUAAAACGUCAAGAAGCAAAUGCACAAAAUCGUCGUUUAACUUUAGAAGAUUUAGAAGAUUCAUGGGAUCGUGGUAUACCACGUAUAAAUACACUUUUCCAAAAAGAUCGUCAUACCCUAGCAUACGAUAAAGGAUGGCGUAUACGAACUGAAUUUAAACAAUAUCAAGUUCUGAAACAAAAUCCAUUUUGGUGGACACAUCAAAGACACGAUGGAAAGUUAUGGAAUUUAAAUAAUUAUCGAACUGAUAUGAUUCAAGCUUUAGGAGGUGUUGAAGGAAUUUUAGAACAUACAUUAUUCAAAGGAACAUAUUUCCCUACAUGGGAAGGUCUUUUCUGGGAAAAAGCUUCUGGAUUUGAAGAAUCUAUGAAAUAUAAAAAAUUAACAAAUGCUCAACGAUCUGGUUUAAAUCAAAUUCCAAACCGUCGUUUCACACUUUGGUGGUCACCGACAAUAAACCGUGCAAAUGUCUAUGUCGGUUUUCAAGUACAAUUGGAUUUAACUGGAAUUUUUAUGCAUGGUAAAAUUCCAACAUUGAAAAUUUCAUUAAUUCAAAUAUUCCGUGCUCACUUGUGGCAAAAAGUACAUGAAUCUAUUGUCAUGGAUUUAUGUCAGGUCUUUGAUCAAGAAUUAGAUGCCCUAGAAAUAGAAACUGUGCAAAAAGAAACAAUUCAUCCUCGAAAAUCUUACAAAAUGAAUUCAUCUUGUGCUGACAUUUUAUUGUUUUCUGCAUAUAAAUGGAAUGUUUCACGACCAUCACUUUUAGCUGAUACUAAGGACACAAUGGACAAUACAACUACUCAAAAAUACUGGAUUGAUGUUCAACUUCGUUGGGGUGAUUACGAUUCACAUGAUGUGGAACGAUAUGCUCGUGCUAAAUUUUUGGACUACACAACUGAUAACAUGUCAAUUUAUCCGUCACCAACUGGUUUACUUAUUGCAAUUGAUUUAGCAUAUAACUUACAUAGCGCAUAUGGUAAUUGGUUCCCAGGUUGUAAACCAUUAAUACAACAAGCUAUGGCGAAAAUAAUGAAAGCAAAUCCAGCUUUGUAUGUAUUAAGAGAGCGUAUUCGAAAAGCAUUACAGUUAUAUUCUAGUGAACCUACAGAACCUUAUCUUAGCAGUCAAAAUUAUGGUGAAUUGUUCUCAAACCAAAUUAUCUGGUUUGUUGACGAUACAAAUGUAUACCGUGUCACAAUUCAUAAAACAUUUGAAGGAAAUUUAACAACGAAACCAAUAAACGGUGCUAUUUUUAUAUUUAAUCCAAGAACGGGACAAUUAUUCUUAAAAAUUAUUCAUACUUCUGUAUGGGCUGGUCAAAAACGUCUUGGACAAUUAGCUAAAUGGAAAACGGCUGAAGAAGUAGCUGCCUUAAUUCGUUCAUUACCCGUUGAAGAACAACCUAAACAAAUUAUUGUUACACGUAAAGGAAUGUUGGAUCCAUUAGAAGUGCAUUUACUAGAUUUUCCAAAUAUUGUGAUUAAGGGUUCGGAAUUACAAUUACCAUUCCAAGCAUGUCUAAAGGUUGAAAAGUUUGGUGAUCUUAUUUUGAAAGCAACCGAACCACAAAUGGUGUUGUUCAAUUUAUAUGAUGAUUGGCUAAAAACAAUUUCAUCUUACACAGCAUUUUCAAGAUUAAUUUUAAUAUUACGAGCAUUACAUGUGAAUACUGAGCGUACAAAAGUUGUUUUAAAACCUGAUAAAACUACAAUUACUGAACCACAUCAUAUUUGGCCAACAUUAUCAGACGACGAAUGGAUAAAGGUGGAAUGUACAUUAAAGGAUCUCAUUCUAGGUGACUAUGGUAAAAAGAAUAACGUAAAUACUGCUUCUUUAACACAAUCAGAAAUUCGUGAUAUUAUUCUUGGUAUGGAAAUAAGUGCACCAUCAGCUCAAAGACAACAAAUUGCUGAAAUUGAGAAACAAACAAAAGAACAAUCGCAACUAACAGCAACGACAACUCGUACAGUAAAUAAACAUGGUGAUGAAAUUAUUACAAGUACAACAAGUAAUUAUGAAACACAAACAUUUAGUUCAAAAACAGAAUGGCGUAUUCGUGCAAUAUCAGCGACAAAUUUACAUUUACGUACAAAUCAUAUUUAUGUUAGUUCCGAUGAUAUUAAAGAAACUGGUUACACAUAUAUUUUACCCAAAAAUGUAUUAAAGAAAUUUGUUACAAUAUCUGAUUUACGUGCACAGAUUUGUGCUUAUUUAUAUGGUGUCAGUCCACCAGAUAAUCCACAAGUAAAGGAACUACGUUGUUUGGUUUUACCACCACAAUGGGGCACACAUCAAGCAGUACAUUUACCAAAUAUGCCACCAAAUCAUCCGUUUCUUAAGGAUAUGGAACCUCUUGGUUGGAUUCAUACACAACCAAAUGAAUUACCACAACUAUCACCACAGGAUAUUACUACACAUGCAAAAAUUAUGGCUGAAAAUUCAGCAUGGGAUGGUGAAAAAACAAUUAUUAUAACAUGCUCCUUUACACCAGGAUCAUGUUCAUUAACUGCAUAUAAAUUGACACCUUCUGGCUAUGAAUGGGGAAGACAAAAUACAGAUAAAGGAAAUAAUCCAAAAGGAUAUUUACCCAGUCAUUACGAAAAGGUACAGAUGUUACUUUCAGAUCGUUUCCUUGGAUUCUUCAUGGUACCUGCACAGGGGAGCUGGAAUUAUAACUUUAUGGGUGUAAGACAUGAUCCCAAUAUGAAAUAUGAAUUGCAAUUAGCAAAUCCAAAAGAAUUUUAUCAUGAAGUUCAUCGACCAGCUCAUUUCUUAAACUUUUCAUCGUUAGAAGAUACUGGAGCUAGUGCAACAGCAGGAGCUGAUCGAGAAGACCAUUAUGCUUAGAAUGUGAUUAUUUAAUAAUUAAUGACGAAA